GGUCGUAUAUAAUAAACUGAACGCAUGUAUACUGACCAUGUCUAUACCUCCAUAUCGCUGAUUACAGAAUCAAUUCGAUUGUGUCGAUAAUUACUACAUAAGGCAAAUAAAGGUUCAACCACCAACAUAUUAGUUUGAUAUAUAGCUGAUAUCUCGAUAUUGGACAUUCUCAAUCUGUGGCAUAACUAUGUGGAAUUUUACAAAGGAAUACCAUCUCUUCAUCGUGAUAUUGGUAAUUGCGUUAACAGGGGUCAUUCACGUGAACUGCGUGAGCAAAAACGAAAGUGCAGCCAAGAUGCUUUCUGAUCAGCUCAUGAGGAAUUACGGGUCACCUUCCAUCAGGCCAGUCAAGAAUAACGCAGAUACUGUGGCUGUUUCAUUCCGAGUUCUAAUCUCUCAGGUUAUUGCAUUCGAUGAAAGAAAACAGCAUGUUCAGAUUAACGGAUGGAGAAGAGAGGAUUGGCGUGAUGAGUUUUUACAAUGGGACCCUGAUGAUUAUGAUGGACUGGAAACGAUCACGUACAAUAAAGAUGCAAUCUGGAAACCUGAUAUCGCCCUCAUAGAAAAUGUUAACACGGACUACAUCAGCGAAUUCGACGCUGACGUCAUCCUGAGUUAUGACGGCAAUAUCACGUGGUUCACUCCCAUCAUCACCACCAGUGCUUGCAUGGUUGGGGUUCGAUACUUUCCUUUCGAUUUCCAGAAUUGCCAGAUGACCUACAUGUCAUGGGCUUAUGAUUCGAGUGGCAUUGAGCUUACACUUCCAACCAACGAAGAUGCUAAUCAGGACAUAUUCCUUCAAAAUGGCGUCUGGUCGCUGCGUGGCGUGAGUGGCGAGGAAAGAAAUGUAACAUUCGCUUGCUGCAAGAUUCCUUAUUCUCAAAUCAUCUACAGUCUAACUCUUGAGAGAGCUUAUGGAUUCUAUGUCCUUAACAUCGUCCUCCCCAGUGGCUUGCUCGCCUUCGUUAACUGCCUUGUUUUUCUACUGCCCCCGGAAUCAGGAGAACGUCUCCAGUUUGCCGUUUCCAACCUUCUGGCCGCCAUUUUGUUUCAGCAACUCAUUGGUGGUAUCAUGCCGCCUCUUGGCGAUGAACUGCCUCUUCUAGGAAUGUUCUUUGUUUACAUGAUCCUGACGAACUGCUUCGUUCUUGCCACGAGCAUUGUAAUUCUUCGUUUCUACCAUCAGAAGGGGGAUAAGGUCGUCCCCGGGUUUCUGCGCAAAAUUUGCUUCCUGAAGAGGGCAAAAGAGAAGUUAUUGAAACGCCAUUCUAAUCUGAAGAAUAGUGUCUUUUCCGUUCAGGAGCCACACCCUGACUUCUUGGGCGAGAUCAAGAUGGACUCUCAACAAACCUCGUCGUCAUCGAAGAACGGCGAGUCGCUUCGGCUGCAUUCCGAUUCCCGCGUUGCCGACGUCAACGACGAGCACUGUGAGCCAACUACCCAGGCAUCUGCUUGGCAGAGGAGAACCUCAAUCAGCACGCGUUCGAUGUUGGAACGGAACAAAAACGAUUGGCAGCAUGUUGCUCGUAUCUUAGACUAUUAUUUAUUUCUGUUCAUCGUCUUUGUCACAACUACUGUUGUCGUCGUCAUCGUCAUAUUGUUUUGUAUCCGAUAAUGAAACACAAAUUUGUUUAUUUAAUGUGGUUGUCCAGCCUACAUGCCUAUUAUGAUGUCAUUUACAUACGAGGGUUGUUAUUUUGUAAAAUAAUCAUCAUGAUUAUGAAUAGUUUCAAGGCUGUCUGCAAGGGGAAAAUGGCCGUUGUAGCAGGAUACUUCUGUCAACACAUAUCUUACUUUAUAGAAAAAAAUUACCACCGUAGAAAGUCUGAACUUAAUCUGGCUAAAUUUGAUUAUGUUUCAUCAAGAAGUACAUUUUGGAAGUUGUGCAUGAUUUUCAAAAUCUUUAGAUUUGACAUUCGACUUGGAAUCUUAAAAGCAUCUUAGUAUGGCAGUUCUGACUCUGGAUCAGUGAUCAAUGGGUCGCGCGAUGGUCGUAUCCCACCGCAGAGUCCUUUGGCAAGGCGUUCAUCCACAUAUUGCCAUUCUCCACCCAGGUGUUAAAUGAUUAGCUAGUAGGAUGCAAAAGCUUAUGCAAUGCGCCUAGCAACUGAGUCUUGGACCUCUUGUUGAAUUUUCCCCAAGAGUGGACAGAGUGCAUAAUUCCGUGUGCGGUCAUGCCAGGAUCCGAGCUGAAUAUAUUUAUCCUGCUAAAAGUACUUUAUAGGCGUGUUACAUUCAAUGUUGUGUUAUUUAUGUCAUCACAGUGAGUUUUUUUUUAAAUCGAUGAAAUUGCUGCAGAGGAUAAGUAUAUCUAUAAUAAUAUGUGUAAUAUGUAUUUAUAUACAUACAUACUGUUUCCGAGAUCGUGACGUUAGUCUCUGAUACUGAACUGAUGUUAUCUUUAAUGUCCAUGUUUCAUAAGUUUUCCACCAGCGAUGGAACGAAUUGUUCAUCAAACAAUGUGUACAUGAUUCUUUUUUUUUCUAAAUCGAUGUACAGUAUAACGGUAUUUAUCUAAUUGUCGGGACAUUAUACUAGGCAUGCUGAGUAAAGAGUGUGACAGAAACGCACGUAAAAUGCUUUGGCUUCACUUCCUACAAUGCUGUCGCCAAGCAUGAUGCACCUCACUCAUGUUAUAUA